AUGGGUGUUGCCCAGCAUGAAAAUCAGGAUUGCCAAGUUGGCAAUUUAUUAUUCCGGUGCCGCAAUGGGCUGGAGUGCGACGCAUCCACCAGACAGUGUCAUGUCCCCAAAGGAAGUGACCCAGCUAAACUGCCCAAAUGUCUUACCGAGUAUCAUAAUAGAGAACUGGUGGCUAAUGAUAAAAUUAUACUAAACCCGGUGAAAUCAACUUACCAGAUUGCGAUCACAAAACCGGGAACUAUCAACUUAAACAAUGUCGCCAAGAUCAUUGAUCAAGCAAAGAGUAAACAAGUAAACACAAAGGAGUCGGAUACUAAUUAUUUGAGUGCAUGCGAAAAGUUAGUAUUAGGUCCGGAGUCGUAUGCAUUGGAGUUCAAGAAACGCGGUUAUGAUCCCAAAAAUAUGCGAAAAGUUGCAUGCUCAGCUGAUGGAAAAUACGCGACGAAACAAUGUGAUCGAGCAAUAUGUCAAUGUGUCAACCCUACUGAUGCCAAACCACUUGGCAACUCUCGGAUAGAUAAAUUGCAACUUAAUGGUCGGGACAUGACAUGCCGGUGCGCAUUACAAAACUACCUUACUCAAUACGAACUACAGUCAUACCGGGAACUAUCGUGCGAUCAGCUAGGUAACUACGAUGCCUACCAGUGCUUUGACGAGGGGAAACGGUGCUUUUGUGUUGAUGAGCAUGGUGCACCUAUCACCAAUGAUGGCACAAUGAGUUGCCUGGAUCAGUUUAUAAAAGAGUACACAGAUGCCAACUUGAAUCCGGAUCAAAUUUGUUUGAUGUUGCGUAAGACUUUGACAGAUUUACCAAUGACCAAGGAUAAGGAUUAG